GCUGUCAUAUAAUACCACGGGACGCCGCUGUGCAUCAGUUUUUUUCGUGCCUCAGGUUUCCCAGGACAGUUGCAGUUGUUGGAAUAGACAGAUGUUGCAGCUGUUUUCACCAGGGCUCCUGAAUGCUAGAGGUCGAGAGAAGAGAAAGGGUCCCAUGAUCUCUGCCGGCGAUGCCGAGUUCCCGCGGGAUUACCACACCCUGGCUGCCGGUGGCGGCCGCGGGGCCCGGCGGUUCCCCGACAACACCAACGGGGGGUUCACGUCGUCCUCGCUGGACCGCCGGCACAACUCCGUGGCCGCCAAGAGUCUGGAGGCCUUGAAUAGCAUCCACAAGGCGGACAUCGAACGCCAGCGGGACGCCCUCAUGGAUCUCCAGAAAAACAAGUUUUCCAACAGCCCUGGCAGCGUGUCGCAGGGCUCCGCUCCUCCUGGACGACAGCAACAACCAAACUACUGGAGCUUCAAGACUCGCACACCACGUGUGACACGACUCAGCCCAACACAGCCGGCUCUUGCUGACCAGGCCAACAGGGUAUCCUUUGCGUCAGCUGAAAAUCUGGAGACCAUGUCGGAGCCUGACAUCCCCAUCGGCUUUAACCGGAUGAACCGGCUUCGCCAGAGCCUGCCGCUGGCCCGCUCAUCCAGCCAGGCGAAGCUGCGGGCGCCAGGGAUCUUGUUCCUCCAGCUUGGGGAAGAGACUCGCAGGGUGCACCUGACCCACGAGCUGACCAGCCUGGAUACUCUGAGGGCCCUCAUCGUGCACAUGUUCCCACAGAGGCUUACCAUGGCCAUGCUCAGGUCUCCCAGCACUGCUCUGCUGAUCAAAGAUGAGACCCGUAACGUCUUCUACGAGCUGGAGGACCCGCGGGACGUUCAGGACCGCUGCGUAAUCAAGAUUUACUGCAAAGAGCCCAUCUACGGCACCUACCCCGGACACCACAACCCACACCUGGCUAACGGAGACCUGCGGAGGGAGAUGGUGUAUGCGCCUCAGGACUCUCCAACCAACCGCCGCCUCAGCAACCCACCCAUGUCUUCCCAGCAUUCAUCGUCCUCCGCCUCCCCUCAAGCCUCACCGUCCCGCGCCCGCCUCCUCUACAGCGGUGGCAGGCCUUCCUCCUAUGCCGGGCCGGCCCACCACACCCACUCCCUGCCACAUCCGCACCCGCACUCCCAGUCCCACCACUCCUCUCCCCACCAGCAACCACAGCUCCAUCAGCCCCAUCACACCCAGCCGGCCUUCUGUGCCUCCUCCAGCGCCAUCCUGGAGCGCAGGGACGUGAAGCCCGAUGAUGAUGGAUCUCGGAGCAUGGUGCUGCUGCGGGGAGACGAACGUGGGGUAGGGGGUAUCUAUGCGGACCCCUACUCUCUGGGCCCAGACACAAGUCGGAUGAGUCUGGCAGGAGGUCCUCACUCCCCUCUGCCAGCGAGAGCAGACCCCUAUGGUUCCUUAUACCGCCGUGGAGGGGGAGGAGGAGGAGGAGGAGGAGGAGGAGGAGGUGCUGGAUCAAUGCGUUCCCUCACCUCCUAUUCAGCAGCCGCUUUACAAGGAGAGCUGAUGGAAAGCGGUGCUCUCUAUAGACCAGGAGGACCGCUUUAUAACGACGCCUACGCUGCGUCUAUGUUGGCCAUGGGGCUGCGGGUGCCGCCGCCUUCCUCCCCACAGAAGAUACCCGACAUGAGGGAUUCCUACGCGGGCACCAUGCCCGGUCGAGGCUCCCCCGGGAGGCAGACUUUGAGAAGGGACUCUGUGACCACCUCUGUGUUUGGGGACAGCCCCAAAGCCCGGGGCCAAGGAUCAGGGUUGGGUCUCACCUCAGAGCAGCUCUGCUUGAUGGCCGGUCCCGGAGGGGAGGGAGGAAGCGCCGGAGGCUUCGGCUCACCUCUGCUGGGAAAUGAAACGGAGACCAGGGAGCGUAUGGAGGCCAUGGAGAAGCAGAUAGCGAGCCUGACCGGACUGCUGCAGAGAGUUUUGAGCAGAGCGCCUGAGGCAGAAAGCCCGGAGAAGAUUGAGUCAGCCAGUGACUGCUCAGGAACUGACACUUUGACACCAUCUGCUCCCUUGGCCCUGAUGCCACCUCCGCCCUCGGGGGCCAACCAGCCGGUGACAGUGUCCCGUCUGCAGAUGCAGCUCCACCUACAAGGCCUGCAGCAGAACACCAACGCACUGCGCAAGCAACUGUCACAGCUACGCAACAUACAGCUGGAGAACCAGGACUCAGUCUUGUCCCUGCUGAGGCAGACGGAGUCAGAGCUGAGCCUCAUGAUGCUGGACGCCAUGCGCACACAGGAGGACCCGCUCCAGAGACAGCGCCUCCUAGUGGAGGAGGAGAGACUCAAGUACCUCAACCAGGAGGAGCUGCUCAUCCAGCAGCUGCAUGACCUGGAGAAGUCAGUGGAGGAGCUGCAGAGGAACUCGUCAGUCAACCACGGCCUGGUGACGGAGCAGGAUGUGGAGCAGAAGAGCAAAGAGCUGAGGAUGCUGGGAGAGACGCUCACAGACCUCAAAAACCAGUUCCCCAGCCUGCAGAGUAAGAUGCGAGUGGUGCUGCGGGUGGAGGUGGAGGCUGUUAAGUUCCUGAAAGAGGAGCCUCACCGCCUGGACGCGCUGCUGAAGCGCUGCAACACCAUGACUGACGCGCUCAGCACGCUCCGCAGUUUCUUGUAUCCCUCCUAUAUGUACAGACAAGUCACAGAAGGUGUGUGGAAGAGCCCCGAGGACCUCUCCAGCCAAUCCCAGAAGAGAUCGGACGACAUAAGUCGCAACUCUGACCUGGAUAUCCUGAACAGUCCUCCUCUCAGCCUCUCUGACCUGAGCACCAGCGCUGGUCUGGCCAACUGGAUGCCCGUGUCCGCCGGCGACGCAGACACCUCGGGCCCCGAGCAGGACCUCCAGCCUUCAAUGACCUUCAGAAACCGGGUCCUCGAUGACCUCCCAAGUCGGCGUCCUGCUGAUAAGUCUGUGUCGGCCGAAGUCAGACUGGCGGCGGAGCGGGACUGGGAGGAGAAGCGUGCCAGCUUGACCCAGUUCAGCGCCCAGGACAUCAAUCGCUUGCUGGAAGAGACCCAGGCUGAGCUGAUGAAGGCCAUCCCGGACCUCGACUUCGCUGCCAGGCACAUCAACAAACCGGCAGUGCCCCCCAAGCCCCAGAUCACCAUCCCAAUAACCUCCACCACAGUUGCUUCUCCUGCAACUGGGACCACAGCCACCACCACCUCCUCAACCACCACACCCAGCGGGGACCAGCAGCCUGGCAAAGUACAGCUGGCAGCCCAGAAGCUGAACAGCAUGGAGGGGGCCGGUUCACAUCGGGGGUCGGUGGAUCUCAAUGUGGCCCGGUAUCGCACAGAGAAACCCUCCAAGUCUCCGCCUCCGCCUCCACCCCGCCGAAGCUUCCCCUCGGCACACGGCCUCACCACCAACCGCACCGGAGACGUCAUCGUCACCACCAAAAACCUGAAGAUGGAAGAAGACGGGGACUUGCCUAAAACUCUUGUGAAGCUGAGACGGACCCCCUCCGACGCCCCUCGACCCGCCUCGACCCCGCCUGUGAUCGCAGCAUCGGCCAUUCAAGACGAGGACGACGAAGAGAAGAUUAUUGCUGAGCUAGAGAUAUUUCAGAGAAUGCCUGUAAAAGAUUGUAAUAAAAGAUACAGCACCCUACAGAAGGCCGCCCCCACCCCUCCCUGCACCUUUGGGUCCUUGAGCAGAAAGAACAGCAGCAACUCUCCGGGGCCGACGAAGGGCCCCACCGUCGCAGCCAGGCUCAAACACCUUCAACAGGGGAGCCUCGAGAGGCCCAAAACCCGCAAGCAGAAAGAGGAUUUCCCCAAAGUCCAGGGCCAGCAGCAGUGCUGAGAUAUUUGCUGCUUUUUCUGCUUCAGCAGAAACGCUGCUCACCUUUCUGGCCAGUCAUAAUCAGUUUCGCUGCUUUUUCUCACGUCACUUUGGUCUGCGAGACAGUCUUUCCUUUCUCCCCCUCGCUUUGCUUUCUUCAUUCUCUCUGCUUCUCAGGUGUCAGCUGGAUAAAAACGUGAGGGGCGAGUACUCGGAUCUUUCUGGUUUUGGACUCUAUCCUAGUUCAGACCUUGAAGGUGUGACAUUUUGUCAUUUAAACAAUUUGUCCGACUAUCCGGAUCUGGACAUCACACUAGUGAGCCAAAUAUAGGAUAGGACACCCCCAUAAUCUACUUUACUGUGACUCUGCUUCACAUAAAGAUUUACACAUUUGCUCUGGACCUGCAGUAUGAAGCCGUGCACGGAUUUCACUUCUAACAAACACGUCAUCUCCCAUAACGGUUCAACACAACAUUCGUGUCCCAGUUCCGUACUUCACACUAAUUUAAAGCAGGUCUGUUGUGUGUUGAUGCUGGAAAAGUGACACAAUUAAUCAAGUCAAUGUCCCAAAUUGUAACGCAACAAUCAGUCUAGAAAGAUUUACUAUUGCACUUCCAUAAAGUUGGGGGAGUUACAAAAGACAGAUUAAAAUGCAAAUUAGAGCAGCAGAUGCAGAGAUAUCCAAACAAGCUCUAAACAUGCUGUAUCCUACAUUUCCCAUAAUGCAACAUAAUAGCAUAUUUUUAUAUUUUAAGCAGCCAGUAUGCUUCUGAAACAGACAAACUGACAUCCACACCCACCUCACCCUGCGACAGUUUAUCUGUGUGAGCCGGGUUUGAACAACACGAUGAAUGUCUUCCAGUCUGAUGUCCCCGUUAGUUAAUCAAUACCACGUCUUCCCUCGAGCCUUCCAGUGUGGCCGUUCUGAUCAGGUAUAAACACUUCUGAUGUGCGACUUGGUGAGACGUCGUGUGAAUUAGACUUUCGUUGCUCACACCGUUUUCAGAGAGCUGAUGGAAACGAGAGACGGGACAGAUGUGGUAGAGAUGCCCAGCCGAACUCAAACUGGGUAAGAUAACAUUGUCGUAGACUGAAAACAGUCAAUGAAAAACAAUAAAAUUAAAAUAAAACAGGUCCGUGAGUUUAAAGGUUUACUGCACAACGGUUAAAAUAACUUUCCAAAGUUUUAAAAUCAUGUUUCAAUCACUUUCUCUUCCGUUAUGACAGCUUAAAGUUUUACAGUAGAAAUAUGAAGUUCAUGUUAUAAAGUAAUGUACCAGGAUUGUGCGCUUACUUGUAUUUGAUUGGCCGCAUGUUGAGGCAGGUGGUAAGCCGGAACGAUUUGUAAAAAAUUACUUGAUUAUUUUAAAUGAUAUUGCAACUUCGAUACGAUCUUGUUCAGCCAUUUGUUGGAGUUUCCCUUUUAAAACUAAGUGAAAAAGAUCUUAAACAACAAACGCCAUUUCACUUUCUCUUGCGUCAUAGUUUGAUUGACGUAUCAAAUCAUUUUUAAAACAAUUAGUAUGAAGUAUGAAAUUGGGACACAGCCGAUACUCAUCUUUCCUGCCUAACUAUUUUAAGAUUGCUUUAUUAAAAACGUGAACUCAAACCCCGGCUGUAACGUGGCUGAAAUGUUUAAAACACAGAAAUGAAGAGUUGAGAUGAAAGGUUUUUAAUAACCCUGCACACAGACUCUGUGCUGUUUGACAUUUUGCUGGAGGGAAAUAUUAUUCUGGUACUGUGUGUAAUUUAUACCACCGGUAGAAAUUAAAUUACACACUGAUGUUUCAGCAUUUAGUUAAUGCGUUUAUGGGAUUCAUUAGUAGUGUCAGAAAUUAAAAGCUAGCAUGAAAAUAGACAAACGCAGUUAAAGUAUAACCUAAAUCACUUAUCACAGAUAUAUUUUAUGUAUAUUAUAUGACCAUUUAGUUUUUCUUGUUUUGAAGAAAUUGCUUUAUUAACAUGUAAAAAAGAAAAAGUAUCAUCUAUGUUUUAUAUAAUCAAGCUUUUUUUGUAUUUUUAUACUUGAAGAAGAGGACUCAUGAGCAUGUGACACAUUUAUUCUGUAAAUUAUUAUUUUUCUGCGUUAAAGAUGUUUUAUCUCCCCACUCUCUAACCAUGAUCACACUUUGUUGUGGAAGACCAAUCAGCAGUGGGAGGUACCCCCAGCUGGUUGUGAUAGACAGUAUAUAGUACCGCCACAUUUAUAAUAAGCACAUAUCCUCCAAAACAAUCACCUCACUUACAGGACGCCCCAUUUUGUAGCUGUUUUCCUCUUAUUAUAACCAACAGUGUACGUUAACGACACAGAAUACAGUUUAAACUCUAUUGAUGGUUUCUUGAUGACUGUGUUGAUUGUUCAAAACCAUUUGUGGAUGUUCUAAAAUGUAUAUAAACCCAAAUAAUAUAUUACAAAUAUUGAUUUUGUGUGGAAAAAAAUUUUCUAGACGGGAAAAAAAUAAAUAAAUCCGAAAAAUGGCAUGCAUACUGUAAACAUUCCUGGAAAUCUGCACGCUGGGUCAACAGAGGUCUCAUUUUUUUGUCAAUAAUUCUGUGUAUACCUGUGAGUGUAUGAUAGAGUAAACAAAUUGUACAGUAACAUAGAUUUUUGUAUUAUGUUCAAAAUGGGUCGGUAAAGCCCCUUUUACUGUCAGAAUAAAAGAGGAAAAAAAGAUUGACUACUGAGAAAGAUAUUUGAAUGAUAUUGUAUAUCAACUAAAUACUGUUCCUCCAGUCUGAGAGUGAUGCUUGCUGUGUGGGGUAAGUGUUGUUCGUGAAUUGUGACGAAGAAUGAUAAUCUACUACAAAGUCAGUAUAACUAAAGACCAACUUAACAGUGCAAAACACCUCGCAGCUUUGUGUAUGGAAAGUAAAAGUUGCUGCUUCGUGUGAGAAAAAUCAACCAAACAAAAAAAAGGUUGCUGCUUUUUGUACGUUCCUGUUGUGUUUUUGUGACAAUAAAGGUGACCCUCUUAUACACGA